UAUUUUGUUUUCAACUUUUUUAGUAAAAAUAAGUCCUUCCCUUCUUUGCUUCAAUUUCAUUGGAAAUCUGCGUACUUAGAAAAAGGAUGAGAAAAGGGCUCAGACAUCCCCCUCACCCUCCCUUCCCCUCACUUUUUCUACAAAUCCUCAGUGGGUGGCUGAUUGUGAGCGCAAUUUGGCCGAGUAUUUUCAAAUGCCCAACUAAGGAAAAAGGCUUCGAAGGGUUGUGUGUGCUUGUAUGUGCCGGUCCCAACUGCUUCACUGGCCUGGAAUAGUGGCCGUCACUCAUGCGAAGAGAGGCAAUUCUUCUCUUCCUCAAUUUUUUAUUCUUUUUCUUCUUUUCAAUCCUUUCCUUUUCUAGCUGUUGGUUGUGAGGGUAUAUUUAUAUUUUGUGCCGUUGAGUCAAACAAGCUCACCAAGGCAACCGACAAUUUUGCUACUAGCGCCUUCAGCUGCGCGCUCUAAAAGUAAAAAAGCUGAAGGGGUGACAGCUGUGCGCUCUCCUCCUUCCGUUUUCUGCAUAUCCCCCCAUCCUUUUCAUGCUAACUAUUAUAUUUAUUUUUGUGUGUUCUCGGCACAAUCUAAAGAAAAACAGACUUGAGAGUUCCGCCCAUUUUUCUUCCAACCUCAUUCUUUUCUCUCUUGUAUUUUCUCCUUUUCAAUCUACUGCCUCAGGCUUUUUCUGGGAAAUUUUACUUUAUUUUUGCAAUCCGUCAAAGGCAUUCGUCUUCAAUUUCUUUUUUUGACUUGCCAGAAAACGUACGCAGAUGUGCCCUCUACCUAAGGGCAAUAUUAGCUGACAGUCGGGCGCAUUCCUUUUUUGCCAUCGAUUGAGUCAGCCAACCUCUUUGAAGGCUGCCGUUUUAUACAAGCUGUCCCCUUUUAUUCCCCUCACUUUUUUUCUUCAUUCAGGCUAAAAUGUUUGGGACUAAGAGCAGCCAAGUAAGGCAAAAAAGGAGUUGUUGUUGCCAUCGUUAAAUUUCCAUUAGCGAGUCGCUCUCUCCGUCAAAGGCAGAAAAGUAACGCUCAUUUGCUUAUAUUUAUUUCUAGGCUGUCCAUCAUCACUUCGUGGAAGCCGACCUCAAAAUAAGAAAAAAGUUUUGUCCCCUCCAUCAAUUUGCUUUCCCUUCACAACACGUAAAACUCAGUCACUCACUCACACUUACACAUUUACCUCCCAUUUGCUAAUCCUUUUGAAUAUUUUCCCUCAAUUUAUCCCCAUUUUCCCUCAAUAUAUAAAUAUUUUGCCGCUUAAAUCUUAAAUAAAACUUUUUAACAUCUUUUUAUGAUUUUUUAGUUCUUCAUUGUUGUCAUCACCUUUCUCUUGAAUUUUUCACAAAUAUCCCUAAUAAUUGAAAAUGGACUGACGACAAAAAUAUUUUAUUAUUUAUAAAUUAAGUACAUAUAUUGCCUUCAAUCAUCACUUUUUUAUUGAAUUUCGUAAACUUUCUUCAACAAAAAAUAAAAAAAUAGAUUGUCAAUACCACCCAUAUUCUUAUUCUUUUCUUCAUUUUUC